AUGUCUCGUGCGGAGGAGCGCGAGGACCCGGACUGCGUUUGUUCUGUCGGGAUGAAGCUCACGUGGGACAUCAACGACCCCAAACUGCCGCAGGACACGAAGCAGUUCGACCCGUUUCAGGAAUGGACCGACGGAUACGUCCGCUACAUCUACAGCGCGGAGGAUAAGAACGCCCAGCGGCACCUGUCCGGCUGGGCCAUGAGGAACACCAACAACCACAACUGUCAGAUCCUCAAGAAGUCCUGUUUGGGCGUAGUGGUCUGUUCUCGAGGCUGCUCGCUGCCCGACGGAUCCAGACUGCAGCUCCGCCCCGCCAUCUGUGACAAGGCCCGGCAGAAACAGCAGAAGAAGCUGUGUCCGAGCUGUAACGGAGGUCUGGAGCUGCUGCCGUGUCGCGGUCACAGCGGUUACCCCGUCACUAACUUCUGGAGGGUCGACGGGAAGGCCAUCUUCUUCCAGGCUAAAGGAGUCCACGAUCAUCCCAGACCAGAGUCCAAGUCUGAGACAGAAGCCAGAAGAAGUUCAGUGAAGAGACGAGUCAGCUCGCCUCCGUUCCCGCCAAAGAGACGACUCAUCGAAACACAGGCUCUGGGUCCGGCCCUGCUGUCCUGCGUGGAGCCGUCAGACCGGAUCUCUUUCAUGGAGCCAAACUUCCCGCAGCAUUACCCAGCAUUCCAGAGUCCGGACCCCUACUACAACCCCCACAAUCCACUGGGGGAGGCCACACCCACACUGCAGAAACCAGCCAAUCCCAGGCUCUACAUGGGCCGGCCCAGCUACGAGUUCCAAGGAUACCUGACCUCGCCGUCGUAUCCUGUGACCUCUGACCUCUGCGACCCCAGGGUGGCUCCCGUCCUCGGCUCCUCUUCCUCCUCCUCUUCGGCGUCGGUUCCUCUCUCCUCCUCCUCCUCUUCCUCCUACGAUCCUCAAACCAAAGCGGGCUGGAAGGAGCUGCUGAAGAGCUCCGCCCCCUACGGAGACAACCACCACUACUACAGCACCGAGUACCCCUGCCGUUACCCCAGCAACCCCCCAGGGUCCCCCGCAGCGCUGCAGACCAUCAUCACCACGACGACCAAGGUCUCCUACCAGCCGUGUCCCAAACCUCCAGGCGGCCUCCCGUCCUACCAGCCCUGCGCUCCUCCCAAACCCCCCGGCCUCCCCGGCUGCUCCUCCCUGCUGGACGACACCUCCUCCCCCUCCUACUCCACGGAGGUGAAGGUGACGGAGGAGUCGGGUGGAGUCAUCAAGUCUCUGUCGUUCCAGCCUGAACCUCUACAGACCAAAACGGAGAGGAGCGACGGCUACGACUACCGCUACGCCUACCCCAACACGUACCGCUACGACGACUACUGA